UAAAAAAAAAUAUUAAAGAUUUAAUAUAAAUAUUUAAUAAAUUAUUGGGUCACGCGGGUGAUGAGAUUGAAUUGACAAAUUUAACUGAAUAUUACAUCAUAUGAUUUGUUUUGAUAUUGCUAUGGAGAAUAGAACACCAAUUAUAAAGGAAAAGUGAUGUAUGUUUGAAAAUUAAUAUAAAACCACAGGAUGAAUAAGAGAUGAGUCGUUAAAUCAUAAACAAUUAAAAGAAGUACAUAAUAAAAAAUUAAAUAAAAAUAUUAACAUUAAGAAGUUAAUUAAAGCGGUCAACGUUUACAAAAUGGCGAACAUUAACAUAGCGAAAACCUGUUCCGAGAUCAUGUCAUUGUUUAGAAAGAUACAAAUAAAAAUUUUAUACCAGACCGCCGAAAUUUAAUAACAUUAUAAAUUUAGUGAAGAAUCGCAUGGCCCAUUGCAAAGAAAUGUUUAAAAUUAAAAAUAAGUUGGAAAAAGUACUUUUAGAAGAAGCCAAAGUUAUCGAUAAAAUGCGCUUGCAUUAAAUGGCGGUCUGGUACUCUAAGCCUAAAUCAAUAGAACAUCGAAUUUUAAACGUGCAUUAAUGGAAAAUAAACCUCUCCAGAGGCCGAAAAAGACUCACCAGAGAUUCCUUGAGGGAUUACAUGUUAGUUUUCAUAAACUUUAAAGAGGAAAUAUCAGUAUUUUAUGGUUUUUUGGAAUUUAUUCAGGAGCUACUGUAGAGAAGUUGUCACUGAAGUGGGAUCCGGACUAGUUUCUCUAUAUAUUUUACUAUCAUAAAUUUGACUUAUGUACUUUAAAUGCUGAAAUGUUUUAAAGCCGUUUCUUUCGCGUAGCAUGUUCAUAUUUGGACCGUAUGCCACUAAAUCCUUCAUUCAAUUCAACAUAUGCUCGGAAAGGUCGUCGUGCGCCGCUAAGAGUGCGCAUUUUGAAUGGUUAUUUUAUUUAUUUAAAUUAUUUUAUAAGUUUUCUAGUUCAGUUAUUGUCAAAUAUUGCAUUUUAAAUGGAGUCAGAAUUAAGUGUUUUAUCCUGUGUGUAUUUAAUGUUUUGGUGCCUAACUUGGUGAGGUCGUUAAGUUAAUCGCCAAAUGAUUAAAUUUGGUCAAAUAACUGACUCUGGGUCCAUUUGACUGCAGUUUUUGAUAAUAAUUCAAUUGAGAUUAAAGGAAUUUUAUUGUCAGUUAACAAUAUUAAGAACUUCUUUUAACAUUAAAAUCUUUAGUGAAUUGUAAAUUUAUAUUGAACGACACCCUGUUAUAAUUAAAUUGUUUAAAUGUUAUAAAAUGCUUUUUAUGUAUGUUUAGAUUAAUAUAUGUUUCAUUUCUCUGUAUGAACUUACUAUUAAAUACUUUUAUGGUUACCAUUAUGAAGCACGUGAUUCCCGGUUUCCGAAAUAUAUCUUGCAUUGUAUGUUUAUACUUCUGUAAAAAAUAAGUUAAGGAAAGUGUGAAAUCAGAGUAAAAUUAAGAUAAAAUAACAUGAUGUUCAAACAUAAGGACGUAUUUUUAAGCCAAGUCAAUAAAUGAAAUUAAACCUUUUAUAAAAUGAGAUUUUUCAGGAGUGACGAGACGGAGAAAAUGAGUUUGUUCAUCGGUAAUUCUGUAUCUAUGAUUGCACUAGUAGUUUAACUUUUUUGAAAAGUAAAUAAAAAUUUUAUGUAUCUAAAAGCAAUCAGGUAAGUUUUGGUUACUCAGAUUAAAUUGAAUUAUUUUUAUGAUCAGAAAAUAAACGCCAUGUGUGCUGAUUGAGUUUGUGGGCAUUAUAGAAUAAACGACAUGUUUUAAAUGCGCACCUUGCUUUAUUAAAGAAAUAGCUUAAAAGAACAUGCUUAAGUUAAGUGUCCCUACUCUAUUCGUAAAGAAGAAUUUACGUAGUUCAGUAUUAGCAUGGCUAAGAUACAUUUCCGAUCAACCAGAUCGCAAUGUUCCCCGAUACAGCCUGCGUUACAUGUGCGAACAAGACAUUCCCCAAGUAGCAGAGUUGAGAAGAGUAAACCACUUUGAUGAUGCAACCUCAUCCUACUCACACCUCCUGAAAAUUGAUCCUAAGUGCUUUGUGGUAGCAGAAGCUGAAAAUGGAUUGAUCAUUGCGACUGGAGCAUUGAGGAAAAUUGUAAUGGACACUUAUUUCUUUAGUUUUCAUGUAACUCACAAAGAUUACCGAUUCCGUGGCAUGGCGAACCACAUUAUCAAACAUUUAUUUGAUAGCCGUAGAAAUUGCAACAUUCUUGGUGCAACAGAAAUUGGAAUGUUGAGAAGGAAUCUAAAUUUUCCACAUGAUCCAUAUUUCAUACAAAAUGAUUUUGUUAACAUAGAAUAUGAAUAUGAUACAGUCAUUGACCACAACUUGCUUUCUUCAGAACUUCCCCAAGGUGUGUUCCUAGACGAGUAUCAAGAUUCGUUUUUAGGAGCCAUCUUGGAUUAUGACUGCUCAGUGGUGGACUACAAACGAGAACAACUGGUUACGUUAAACUGUCAAGACAAAGACAGCAGGACAUUUGUCGCCACGAAAGGAGGCUUUUGUGUUGGGUACGGGACCAUUAAACCAACUAUUCAAGGUUAUGGAAAAAUCGGGCCAUUGUAUGCAGAAAAUCCCGCUAUAGCUGAAGCUGUUUUAAAGAAUUUACUUGUGUCUUUCAAUGUGAAAGAAGGCUUAGGAGCGCAAACAUUAAGCAAUAAUGUUAACGCCAAUUUGAUUUUCGGAACCUUUGAAACAAAGCGAAAAAAUGUUAUAUUAAGUUAUAGGUUAUAUUCUAAAGAGUUAUUGAUGAGUGAAACUAAAAAAAUUUACGCGGUAUUUGAGGGGGAGUGUGAACCAUUCUAAAAAUUUGGUCAUUAUUCUGUAACCGAUUCUACUCUUUUUGGAUGACAUUUACAACUUUGAUAAAUUUGAGAUAUUAAGGGUGAGCGGUACCCAAAAUUUUCUUUCUUGGUGAAAAGGCGAAAAAAGAAAGUCAUUUAUGUGUAUUUAAUGGAUAUUGAUUUAUUAAAAAAUAUUUUCAACAAAAAAUUAUAAACAAAUAUUCAAUGAAAUCUUUCAAUUUUUGAAAAUAAAUUUAAAAUUUUCACAAUGCUAUUAACUUUUUAAUUUACCAGCUUUGAUUUACCAGCUAUCAUUGGCAUGUUGAGACAAAAGCGAACAAAAUUGGGUAUGUAAUUUUUCUAUUCAAUUAUGAGUUCCGUAAAGUUUAUACGAGGAUUGUGACCAUUGCCAGUCUUAUUUUUGUCACAAAUGAAAUAAAAUAAUACUUCUGAAAUAAUAAUCUUAUUAUUUUAUAAAUAAAUACUAUUACUUUAAUCCAAUUGUUAUAAAAAGAAGACUAACGCUAUAGGAAAUAUAACUGGACGACAGAUUGUUAAUAGGUAGGAUUUAACUUUCUUAUUAAACGUCUGCCGAGUUACCUAUCCUGUAUCUGACGUUACCUUCAAAACCUCAGCUGCAGUUGAGAUUAGUGUGUGAGUUCGCAAAGUGCAGAGAGAUCGAUGUUGACGUCGCUUGAAAUUUCUGUUUACUAAAGAGUUAACCGUAGAUUGUUGUUUUUGUGUUGAUUAGAAAUAAAAUGAGGAUAAGUAGAAGAAGCUAUGUACAUCAUCCUGAUGUACAUACAGGUAUCCUCAAUCUUGGUGGAUCAUUCAGUAAACGUAGCACUCAGGCUUUUUCGCUGCGUCUUAGGUCAAAUUUUUUGGUUGCUUCAUCAUCAGCCAUUUUUAUCCUUUUAUUUUAUAAAGUUCACGGACGCCACGACAUAAGAUUAUGGAUUUCAAAAAAUAUCCAAUAUAGAAAUCAAAAGAGCAGGAUAAAGAAUAAUUAGGCUGGUAAACAAAUUCACAAUUUUCUGUCAACUUUAUUCAAAAUUGUUAA